AGCUCGCUCCCCACCUCCAGCCCCCGACUCUUUCCUGCUACCAUGAGCUCUCGUGGUGGAUUCCGAGGCGGUCGCGGCGGCGGCUCUGACCGUGGCGGUCGCGGUGGCUUCUCGCGCGGUGGUGCACCCGGCGGUCGCGGCGGCUUCCGUGGCGGUGGACGCGGUGGAUUCGGCGGCGGCUACCGCGACGACGGCCCUCCUGCCGAGGUCAUCGAGAUCGGCACUUUCAUGCACGCCGUCGAGGGCGAGAUGCUCUGCGCGUCGACCCUCCCGUCCAAGGUCCCCUACUUCAACGCGCCGAUCUACCUCCCGACCAAGGCGCCCAUCGGCAAGGUUGACGAGAUUCUCGGCCCGAUCAACGAGGUCUACUUCACGAUCAAGCCCCAGGCCGGCAUCGUCGCGACGUCGUUCACGGCGGGCGACAAGGUGUGCAUCUCGACCGACAAGCUGCUCCCGAUCGAGCGCUUCCUUCCGCAACCCAAGGCGCCCGCCGGCCCCAAGAAGAAGCGCGGCGCAGCCGGCGCCGGUGGCCGCGGCGGUCGCGGUGCGCCCCGGGGCCGCGGUGGCCCGGGCGGCUUCUCGUCGCGAGGCGGCGGCGGUCGCGGCGGCGGGUUCUCGAGCCGCGGCGGCGCGCCGAGGGGCGGCGGGUUCUCGCGCGGCGGUGGCGGCGGACGGGGCGCGCCGCGUGGCCGCGGCCGCGGUGGGUACUAG